AUGACACGUUGCGGCCGGAGAGCUGCUCAGAGGAAGUAUCAAGUGAGAGACAGUCUUAGCAGCCAACUGAAUCAGGCAUACGGAGUCGGAAUUUUCGAGGAGGGUAGUCAGCGGCCGCUUCAUCAGUGUCAGUAUCCGGACAACCCGCAAAAGUUUACUAGUUGUCUUAAGGGCGGUAUUAUGCCGGUGGCUAUGAGGAAAAUUGGUCAGCUCAUGUCUUUGCUUACUGGACGGCUUUGUCAGAAGGAGUUCGACUAUUUGAAGAAGAAGGAAUUAUGGGAGAGCACUAUUUCUCGUUACAUGAAGAAGUACGCUCGGACGUGCAAGAAGAACUGA